CACAGACACACGCAGAGCUCCGGCUCUUUUGUGAUGCUAAGCCAGCGCAGGUCACCAGGAUUCCUCCUCCUCCUCCUCCUCCUCCUCCUCCUCCUCCUCCUCUUCCUCCUCCUCCUCCUCCUCCAGACUCCAGAACAACACGACGAUUCAAUCGAGACAUUUGAGAAGUUGUAGCGCGGACCGACACACCGAGGAGCCCGUGGCGUAUUUUAUGAAUCAUUUUACUGGGCAUUUUGACCGCUCUUCUUUUUUCUUUUUCUUGUUUCUCCCACUAAUAUUCGGGUUUUAUUUUUAUUUUUUUAUUUUUUUUUCUUAACCAUUCGCGUAUUUUAAUCUGUGUCAGAAUGUUGUUAGAACAUCCGGGAUCAAGUUGUCAAAAUGCUGGAAAUUACAGCAGAUACAGCUCGAGUCAAGAUGUUCCCGUUUGCGCGGGCUGUAACCAGCACAUCGGGGAUCGCUUCAUCCUGAAGGUUCUAGAUCGCCACUGGCACAGCAAGUGCCUGAAGUGCAGCGACUGCCAGUCUCAGCUGGCCGACAAGUGCUUCAGUCGAGGAGACAGUGUGUACUGCAAAGAAGACUUCUUCAAGAGGUUCGGCACCAAGUGUUCCGCGUGCCAGCAGGGCAUCCCCCCGACGCAGGUGGUCCGCAGGGCGCAGGACUUCGUGUAUCACCUGCACUGCUUCGCGUGUGUGGUGUGUAAGAGGCAGCUGGCCACAGGUGAUGAGUACUACCUGAUGGAGGACAGUCGACUGGUGUGCAAAGCCGAUUACGAGACCGCCAAACAGAGAGAGGCGGACUCGACAGCGAAGCGACCCCGCACCACGAUCACCGCGAAGCAGCUGGAGACGCUGAAGAACGCCUACAACAACUCCCCGAAGCCCGCGAGACACGUGCGGGAGCAGCUGUCGUCGGAGACCGGCCUCGACAUGCGGGUGGUGCAGGUCUGGUUUCAAAACAGAAGAGCAAAGGAGAAAAGACUGAAGAAAGACGCAGGAAGACAGAGAUGGGGUCAGUACUUCAGAAACAUGAAGAGGUCCCGGGGCAGCUCCAAAUCUGAUAAAGACAGCACUCAGGAGGAGGGCAUGGACAGCGACGCCGAGGUCUCCUUCACAGACGAGCCGCCCAUGUCGGAUCUGGGUCACUCCAACAGCAUUUACAGCAGUCUGAGCGAGAGCUCUCCGGCUCUGAGUCGGCAAGGCGGAUCUCAUCCACCGUUCCCACUGGAUCACGGCACCGGCCUCCUCCCGUCGCAGGACCAGUACCACGACCUCCAGGCCAGCAGCCCCUACAGCCUCCCGCAGUCUCCCGGCUCGCUCCAGGCUCUCCCCAGACACCCGCCGCUCAUCUCCGGCCUGGUGUUCCCGGAGUCCGGCCUGCCCAUGGUGUCGCAGAACCCGGCCCAGAACAUGAGCCGAAUGAUGGCCGGGGGAAACGGGCCGAGCUCGGAUUUGUCCACGGGGAGCAGCGGCGGGUAUCCGGAUUUCCCCGCGAGCCCGGCGUCCUGGUUGGAUGAAGUGGAUCAUGCGCAAUUCUGAUUGCGACGGGAAUUUCUAUGUUGAACCAUCUCUAUUUAUUGGAAAUUGGUUGGCGACGGAGACUCGAGUCUCGACGAGGACGUCUGUUUGGUUCUACAAGGACACGACAGUGUGAGGAGCUUUUACGCAUCCACACAACGAUAAAGAUAUAGGUGUAAAAAUCGGUUUAAAUAUGAAAGAAUAGCAGAAUCCACAUCAGAACUAUAUAUCCGGAUCUGGCCGACACUAUGUUGAUGUCGGCACAGAGAAACGAUAUGGUUGGAAUCACUUUCAUAAAAACAUCAACAGCCAAUCAGAAUCCAGCCUGAGAAUUUAAAGUGGCAGAGACAGAAAUAAACAAAAUGACAUCAUGCCGAUAUCCGGACUUCGCCGCCAGCCCGCCGUCCUAGUUGGAUGAAGUUGAUCAUCUGAUGCACAUUUGGAGAGUGACGGGAAUUUCUAUGUGGAUGCCGAACCUUGAACCAUCUCUAUUAUUCUGUAGAGUUGGACAUUUAGGAAUUGGUUAGCGAUGACGAGGACUUCUGUUUGGUUCUACAGGGAGGAGCUUUUACACACUAACGGCACAUCCACACAACGAUAAAUAUAUAGGUAUUAAAUUUAAAAGAAUCCACA